AAACAAUGCGUACUUUUCCGGCAGUUAUACGACUUUUUCUUAAUUACCCAAACCCUAAGAACUCGUUCAGGUUAAGUUGCAGUCUACUUGAUUCCGCACUCCAGAGCAGACAACUCGAAAAUGAGGCUGAGUUUGUAUCUGAUUGUAGCCAUCGGCCUGGUAGACGCGCACUGCGUAUCCCUAAGAUACAUUCUGAAUGCUCUCGAGGAAGAGCUGCAAUACAGAGCGAUUCUCCUAGUGGAAAGUUCGAGUGAAAGUGAAUCGUGCUGGGAGCACAGGUACCUUCAAGGAGCGGUGCCAAUUCUGAACUUUAAUUCGAAUCAAAGUUUGUAUCUGAAAGAUGCGUUUAAUACGAAUAUACUGGCACUAGUUUGCCUAAACGAAAACGUAGAGAGCACCAUGCAGGCUCUCUACGAAAAUCUCGAGGACAUGCGCGACACGCCCACCAUACUAUUCCUUCUUUCGGAUUCCGAAGUCCAGGAUGUCUUUCUGGAGUGUCUGAGGAGCAAAAUGCUGAAUGUCUUGGCUUUCAAAGGAUUGGACAGGGGGUUCGUCUACAGCUAUCGUGCUUUCCCCACAUUUCGAGUCAUAGAGCGCGACGUUAUGGACAUCCUCCAGUACUUCGAGCACCAACUCGAAGAUCUCGGUGGCCAUACCCUGACUACUCUGCCCGACAACAUUGUCCCGCGAACUGUGGUCUACAGGAGCCCGGAUGGAAGUCGCCGGCUGGCUGGAUAUCUGUACCCCUUCAUGCUGAACUAUGUGAGCACCAUCAACGCAACCCUCAAGAUCCUCUGGCAUCUGGUUCCCGAGGACGGCAUGAUCCAUUUGGGUGAGGUAGUCAGGCUCUCGGAGAUCCAUGAUGUGGAUUUCCCACUGGGCAUCCAUGGCAUUGAGCACGGGUCGACCAGCCAAAACGUUCCUUUGGAGAUCUCCAGCUGGUUCCUCAUGCUGCCCAUGGAGCCCUCCCUUCCUCGGGCUCAAUUUUUCAUCAUGUUGGGGUUUGAGAAGAUAACGCCAGUGCUGCUGCUGCUCACAAUCCUCCUGAGCACUGCCCAUCGGAUUGAGGUGGGCUUGCGUCCCAGCUGGCGCUGCUACGUCCUGGGUGACAGAGUCCUGCGAGGAGCACUAGCCCAGGCAUUCUUCCUACCCAGAAGGCUCUCCGUUAAGCUCAUGCUGGUUUACUCGCUGAUCCUGCUGAAUGGAUUCACCUUCAGCAACUAUGCCAUCACCAGUCUGGAGACCUGGCUCGUGCAUCCCCCCUCGGGACAUCCAAUCCACAGCUGGGAGCAAAUGCGCACCUUGAACCUGAAAGUCCUUAUUGUCCCCUCCGAGCUGGAUUCCAUGACCAAAGCCCUGGGCGAGGAAUUCACGGAGAGCAACAGCGAUCUCUUCGAACUCUCCAAAUCGGGCAAUUUCCAAGACAAGCGUUUGGCUAUGGACCAAUCCUACGCCUAUCCUGUGACGUGCACCCUGUGGCCACUGCUGGAGCACGCCCAGAUCCGCCUGCCGAAGCCAGAGUUCCGACGAUCCCGGGAGAUGGUGCUCAUACCGCUGCUUAUCAUGGCCAUGCCCUUGCCCAAGAACUCCAUGUUCCACAAGUCACUGAGUCGGUACAGGGCACUCACCCACCAGAGCGGCUUGUACGAGUUUUGGUUCAAGCGGAGCUUCAACGAGUUGGUUGCCCUCCGGAAGAUCCACUACAAGGUGAAUGAUGAUCAUCAGACGUAUCGAGACUUCGAGUGGCAGGACUUUAGCUACGUGUGGCUGGGCUUCGUGGGCGGAACCAUCGCUAGUUCCCUGGUCCUCCUCGCCGAGAUUGGAUACCACAGGCGGCAACUAAAUUAGAAUUAGCAUUGAACUUGAGUAAAUAAACACUAUGACAUUCUA